GGCAGCGUGUACCACGAUGCCAUUUUCAAUGAGAUUUCCUAAAUGACUUUUGUUUAAAUCACAGAGAAAUCCUUCUAAAAGAUUCCAUACGUCUUCGAUAAUUUCUUGUCUCAAGAUGGGAGACAGUACAAAUGCCUCUGUGGCAGAUCCAUCCGUCAUAACUAUCGAUAACAUUUCUAGCAGAAUGCCUCCUCAUGAUAUUGAUGGGGCUGAGAAAUCUACAGAUCAUUUAUAUGCUUUGGUUGAUAUGGGAAGCAAUGGAAUCCGCUUUUCGAUCUCCGAUCUCUCACCUCCUACAUCCCGUCUCCUUCCUUGCAUCUAUCGCGAUCGGGCAGCCAUUUCUCUCUACGACGCCCUCCACUCUUCUCUUCCUGGGUCUCGAGAAUUCUACUUUGACGCCGAGACGAUUUCGCGCGUGGCGGGUUGUCUUGCGGGGUUCAAAAAGAUCUGCGAUUCGUAUGGGGUUUUGCGGAAGAACAUUGGGGUGUUUGCGACGGAGGCGAUGCGCACGGCGGAGAAUCGAGAGGAGAUGACCAGGGCGAUUGCCAGGGAGAGUGGGCUGGAAGUGGAUAUUUUGAGUCCGCAGGUGGAGAGUUUGUUGGGGGCGUUGGGGGCGAGGAGUGGGUUUGGAGGGGUGGAGGGGGUGAUGAUGGAUCUAGGGGGUGGGAGUGUGCAGAUGACGUUUAUGGAUAGUGCGGAUGCUGGGAGGGGGGCGGGAGGCCCUGCGGAGAUUGGUAUGGAAAUUGAGGAAGAGAGAGGGGGAGAGGGAGAGGGAGAGGGAGAAAUAUAUUGGACGAAAAGCGCGGCUUGUGCGAAGAGUAUGCCUUUUGGAGCAGCGAAGAUGACGGCGAAAAUGAAGGGGGAUGAAAUCCAUGAUCUUCGCACUGAUAUGCGUUCUCGAUUUCAAGAGACGUUUCAGGGAUUAUGUCACAGGUUUCCCAAACUUCAGAGGCAUGUGGAGAGUGAAGGCGUUACCAUAUAUUUCUGCGGUGGAGGAUUCAGAGGUUACGGGAGUAUGUUGAUGCAUACUGAUUCCAUCAACCCAUAUCCCAUCCCCUCCAUCGCCGGCUACACAGUAUCCGGGAAGCGCUUCAAACAAACGAAAGAAAUGCUCAGAGUAAAUGCUGAGGAAAAAGAUAAGAUUCACGGCAUGAGUAAAAGACGUCGGGAACAAUUUCCCGCCAUCGUCGAAGUCGUCGAGGGAAUCAUAGCUACCGUCCCCAAAAUCAAAGAAGUGAUAUUCUGCGGUGGAGGAAAUCGCGAAGGGGUGUUGUAUCUCAAACUUCCACCUCAAAUACAAGAAACCCACCCUCUUCUUCUUUUCCCCUCUCAAUUAUCCACCACUCCUAUCCAAUCCACCGCCGUUGCAAAAAUCCUUUCUUCCGCUCUCCCACAUUCUCAGUCGGGCACGGAAAUUUUCACUCCUGAAAUUCUAGAAUAUGUAGGGAAACAUAUGGGUGACAAUAUGGCGGAUAUAUCGAAUCUCAACGCGGCGCGCGCACUGCAUGCGCCUAUCUCUGGCUCGAUCGCAGGGAUGCCCGGGUUGACGCAUGGGGUGAUUGCGGUGCUGGCACUGACGAUGUGUGCGCGGUGGGAGAAUGAUGUGGGGAAGGUGGAUCGAGGGGUUUUGGCAGGGUUGAGAAAGGUGCUGGGGGAGGAAAAGGCGUGGUGGUGUGAGUAUAUGGGGGCGGUGGCGAGGGUGGUUUGUGGGGUUGUGACGGUUCCUAGGAUGGGAAGGGGAGAGGUGGGAGGAUUGAGGUUUGAGGGGGUGUGGGAGGAGGGGUUGGGGAAGAAGGGGAGGAAGGAGGGGGUUUGUUUGAAGGUUUUUUGGGAGGGAAGGGGGAGAGAUGUAGAUUUGGAAAAGUUGGUGGGGAAGGUGGGGAAAGGGUUGGGGAUGAAGAGGAGAGUUGAGAUUUCUUGGGGACAGGAAAUCGUGGGUUGAGUAUGGGUUUGUUGCUUUAGCUCUGGAGAUGUGAUGAGAUAGGGAGGAGGGAGAGGGGAGGGGAGGGGAAGAGAGGUCACAAAAGGAGAGGAGAGAAAUUGAAGGUAGACA